GUCCAAUCCAAUUUUCUUUUCAUAGAGAUUUCAAUAACAUAAAAAAAAAACAAUUUACUAUGUGUAUACAAAUUAUUACACAAAUAUGUACUUGAUAAAAUAAGUUUAGAUGCUCUGCCGUUGAAUAUAAUUCAAGUUGUGCAUCACUAGCAUGAACGCGUGACCCCACGCCUAUUGUGAUAGCCACUUGAUAUCACUAUUCGGACCUGUGCGCUUAGCUGUUAGUAAACCGUUGCUUCUGGUUAUUGGACAAAGGCUGACAGGUUUGUUAUUUUAUAUACGUGUGAGUCUGUCCCAAAGCCAUGCAUUCAUUUAUUUGGCAUUUAUUGUGUCCAUGUAUUUCAUAAACUCUUUGGAGGUUAGUAUCUUUUUGUUGUUUAUCUUUCGCACGCUCUUCGAAUUGAAAAAUCAAUUCGUUAUGGAUUGUUGUGAAAUUAUGUUGGAUUGUUUUGUAAAAUGUUUUAUAUACUUCAAAUACUAGUCACCUUAAAAUUCGUUCAGUUUCGGCCGAAUCUCUUUGUGAUAUUCUUAAAAAGUCGGUUUUAAAAUUAUACCCGCGAUGGCAGUUUCGCAAAUAAGAACACACCAGUAUAUGUAGAUAAAUAUAUAUUGAUACAUUUUUAAUCCAUAUUAAUUGGGCAGAAAGUCAACUUAAUAUAUUAUAAUACUUCCCUUUUUUAUGGAUUCUUUACUCGCAUUUGCCACGGUAUUUUUACUUUUUCUUGAAACUAUUUCAAUGUAUUCGUUUUUAUUUGAUUUCUAAGUUGUUACUUGUUUUCGAUUGUAUCGAUUUAUUUAGUUAUCUUUUUUAUUUUAUAUUAUACAUUUUUUAUAUCCAGUGUUAAUAAAUUGCUUUCCUGUUCAUUUCCUUUGGUUUUACCAUAUUUAGUUCGAAAUUUAAGGUAAUUCCAAUACCGAAUUCCAAAAAAAAAAAUCGAAUAUUCAAAUUUAGAGGCGUCAAAACAAUUAUUAUUUACUUAUGUCAAUACAUAUGUAUUUUUGAAUUGUUUACAAAUCUGGAUACGUGAAUGCUGCGAUGCAGCAAAUAUUCCUGCUGAAAUGGCUUUUUUGUGGCUUCAUAAUUACACUUCGAUGCUUCGCAUUUCAAGCUUCUGAGUCGCUGUCGCAGUGUGGAGAUACAAUUGAAAAUGAUCCCAAAGAGACAGUCGAUUGGACUGGACUACUCACCGAUCUACGUGAUAGUUGGCAAUCACCGCUUUAUUACUUAGAAAAACGUGGUUAUCUGCCUCCAGGAAAUGAAAAUCUAUUGGAGCAAAAGCUAAACGAAUUACGGGGAGUGAAAAUCAGUGAACAUAACAUUGACGAAUUCGGCGAGAAAGCUGAUGAGAAUAUGGAAGAACUUCCUAACACCUUCUCAGCUUCUUCCAGUGUAUUAAGCUCAGCUGAGCCAGGUUCAAUCAACUCCGUUGAAGAUGCCAACUCCAAUCGAGCCAUUAUUACAUAUGGUGGUCAGCAACAACAGCCGCAGGACUCAGACAUUUUGUUCAAAGAAUUUUCAGUUGAUAUGCGUCCUGAUGCUGAUUCUGAUACUGAAUCAGACCGAGAAUCUGAAGAUGACUUAGGAAGCCUUAAAAAUAAUAUGGCAAACGCUUGUGCUAAAAAGCCGUCCACAGUCACCACGAAAUCCAAGUCCAAAUCAAAGUUGAAAUGUAAGUCUAAAACUAAGCCAAAAUCCAAGCCUGGAUUUUUUCAAAGACUAAAGGAAAGCUUGUCAUCAAUAUUUAAAAAGCCCCAAUCGGCGAAUUCAAAAGAUGAGCAGAUAAAAAAGCCUGCACUUUCAUCGGAUUAUGCCAACUAUUUUGUGAAAUAUUUGGCUCAUAGAGACAUGAAUACAGAUGCGAACAAUUUGAGCGUUAAUGAUUUAAAUAGUCAAUAUGCUGGUAUAAAAAGUUCUGCCAAUUCAGAACGUGUUGGUAAAGGUUUACACCGAAGGGAGUAUAGUGGCAAAGAGUUAAAUUCAAAUAGUAAGGUUUCAACAUUUAGCGAUCUAAGUGAUAAAGGAAUAUCAUUGCAGACUCUUACAAGGAACGAUUUUUCAGCCGAAAAAUUCAGUGACGACGAAACAGGUAAAAAGGAUUCGGUGUUGAAGGAAUUUCCAUUCCAAGAUUUCAACUUCGGAGACUUAAAUUUAAAAAAGUUAAGCACAAAGGAUAUCAGAAGUAACAAUAAAGCUGAUGAUCAGUUUUCUGACCUAGAAAACUUUAAAUCGAAAGAUGAAGAAGUUAAUAAGAUCGUGCAUAGUUUGGCGGAACAAGAAUCAACUGCAAAGGAUCCCCUUAAGAACGAAAAGUUGGAAAUAAAAGGUGAUUCUAGUUUGAAAGAAUUAGCACUGCCUAAAGACUCCGAAAAUUUACUACUUGAAAAUAAUAAAUUAAUCCAUGAAGAUUAUAAAGACCACAAUGUGAAAGAGAUCGUGCCAACUACAGCAGGAAAAAAUAUUGAAGAAGUAAUUGGGAAUGAGAAAAAUGAAAUAAGUUCCAAAAACGAUGUCUUUAAUGAACUCACCAAGUCAAGUUUUAGCAUGAGAAGGCCGGAUUUUGAUGUGAAAAACGAUAUAAGCAAGCCUUUGAGUCUCAAGGAUGUCGACUUUUCGUUUCCUGAAUUAGAUUCAAAGAGUUUGGCUUCUACCUCUAAAGAUAUCAUAUCCAAAGAUGAUAAUUUCGAUGAUUUCGGCAAUUUGGGUAUGCCCAGUUUUAAAAUGAAGGUGCUCGAAUCCAACGCGGAAGAAAUUGAUGCUCCCACCGACAGUGAAAAUUCCGAGUUCGUCGUAAAUGAAGACACACCAAUAGAUAGCCAUGUAAACGAAAACGCCGAGUCGAAAUCACCUGGCACAAGCUUAAAUACAAAGAACCUCAACGAUAGGGUUAAAUCCGGAUUGACGGAGGCUAAACAAACAAAAAUUAAUGGCUUCGUAUUAGGGGAUCUAUCCGCAAUAUCAGAUAAAACUAAUCUGGACUUAGAUCGGCAAUUUACUAGGCAGGUUUUAGAAAAAGUUCUGCGGAGUACAGUUCAAGAGCGUGAGCUUAACAAGCAGUAGAUUGCGAUGCUUACUAUUUUGAGGUGGGAAUGUUUUGUAGUCGUAUUGAUAUAUUAAACAGUAAUUAUUUAAAUGGUGUUCAGUUUUAACAUUUUAUUUAAAUAAACAGUUUUACGAUUUUCA